UUCACACACCUCCGCAUCACCAUAACUCAACCACAACACUUUUGAAUUGCGCUGUACAUCUCUUCGCCCUCUCUCACACCACACAAAAAAAUCCAAAGACUCAAAUCGCAUGCGCACACCUCUAUAACCGCCCACCACGCUCUCACACCCCCAACCCCAACCAUGGCGCAGCCGCAACCCCCAAUCCUGACGCCGGAGCAGCGCCUCGCACAAGAAAACGCCCAACGCAACACACGCGUAAUUCGCAACGUCGCAAUCGGCGGCGUAAUCCUGUGCCCGAUAAUCAUGCUCAUGCCGCCGCGAAAACUCGACCUGUACACCUUUUCUCUCGGUUUGGGUUUCUACCUCUCCGCCGACCACCUGUGCGAGUCAUACUAUGGAAGGGGUUUGGUGACGCAGUUGAGCCCCUUCCGGGCUGUUGGGGAAUUGCCGACGGAGAAGGCAAGGGAGAUGCAGAGGGUGUUGAGGGAGAAGAGGGAGGAGGAACGGAGGAAGUUGGGGAAAGGCCCUGAGGAGGAGGGUCUGUUGAAGAAGAUUUGGAUGGGUGGGGAGACGGAGGGGUGGAAAGAUAGAAGGUUGGAGGAGGAGAAGAAGGCGCUUGAGGAGGGAAAGAGUUAUACGGAUAUGAUCUUCGAACAGAUUUGGGAUGUGUGGAACUGGGAUAAGAAGGAUAAGAAUGGAGAUGGGAAGAAGAAGGAGUAGGUGCGGGAGGCUGGGGUGAAGAGAUAUGAUCUGUAUAUUAUGGACGUUGUAUGAUAGGGACGGGGAAGGGCAGGGGCAGCAAGGGCUCCAUGGUGGAGUACGGUGGGCGCAACCUUGGAGUUACAUCAUUGGCGAUUACAGUAUCUUGCUCACGGGUCGCAAUUCGCCAUUACACCAUCUCUCUCGUGGUCGGCGGCCACCUUUCAUC